AUGGCCUUCUUGAAUCUCUUCAUCUAUCUAUUUGUGAUCUUCAUCACAAUUCUCAUCCUUCCUAUUUAUGCCCAAAAAUCAUGCAAAUCUGCUUAUUGCAGCAAUGAUAAUAGUCUUCAAAUAAGAUUUCCAUUCAUACUAAAAGGUCAACAAGAUGAAAGUUGUGGCUAUCCCGGUUUCAAUCUAACUUGCAGCAGCCAGGGAUUAGCCGCAAUCGACCUUCCAUUCUCAGGUCGUUUCUUUAUACGAAACAUUUCCUACAAUACACAAGUAAUACAACUCUACGACCCCGACAAUUGUCUCCCAAAAAGGCUCAAUAUUGGAUUGAAUCUUUCGGGUUCUCCCUUUAUGGCCUACUCGUAUAGAAACUAUUCUUUAUUCAGCUGCCCAUUUGGAUUCAACUCCUCUUUGUCCUAUAGUACUAUCUAUUGCCUUAGAAAUUCGACAAACACCGUUGUAGCUUUUGAUGAGUACUAUUCGAUAAUCUUUCGAAUGGGAAAUAUUAAUUGUACAGAAAUGUAUACUAUUUCUGUUCCGUCAUUGAUAUACAAUUCUCAUAGCGAUGGGAUUAAUGAUAUGUCGCUAACAUGGAUUCAACCGCAAUGUGCCUAUUGUGAAAUGCAUGGUGGAAAUUGUGUGCUUACUAGUGUUGGAAGCCAAGAUGUUCAAUGCUUAUUUCCCAAACAUUCAAAGACAGGUUCGCGCAUAUUGGGGAUUAUGUUGAUUGCAACUAUCAUUCCAACAACUGGAUGGUUUUUGUGUGUAAUUUUUCUCAAGUGCAAUAUGAUUAGAAACUCACAAGACAAUAACAAUUCCAUACAUAUUAUAAGCAUAGGCUCACUCACAUCGUCUCCACAACCGUCUAUACCAACCGUAGGAGGUUUAGACGAUUCCAUCAUUCAAUCCUAUCCAAUUGUCAUAAUCGGUGAAAACAACCUCAGCCCGGGACUCAACAACAAGACUUGCCCAAUUUGUUUGUCUGAGUUUCUCACCAAAGACACGGUUCGAUUCAUACCUGAAUGCACACAUUGUUUUCAUUCUAAUUGCAUUGAUGAAUGGCUUCGCCUCAACCGAUCAUGCCCGGUUUGUAGGAGUUCACCAACCUAUGUUGAUUCCACCUCUUUUGUCUAA